AUGAUACUAGCCAAGAAGAUUAAGUACGACGUCAUCGGACUGACCGAGACGAGACGGCGCCACUCUCUCAACGCCGUAAAUGAAAUUGAAGAAGAACUGUUCUUGGAAACAUACGCCAGUAGAGGUGUUGAUGGAGAUAGCGACCUCGUCAACACAAGUAUGGCAAAGAACAUCUACUCUUUCGAACAACUUACGACCCGAAUCGGACGUAAGUUGUUCGAAAGGAUGAGAAGAUGUGGUCCAACACCAGCUUUGACUAUCUUCGUCGCUUACGCUCCAACAUCAAGCUACGAAGAAGAAGAAGUCGAAGCUUUCUAUAUGGACCUGGAGAAGUUUUACCGAGAAGAUCAUGCCUUCUACAAGGUCAUAAUUGGCGAUUUCAACGCCAAGGUUGGCCCAAGAAGAACGCCGGAGGAACUUCACAUCGGGACCCACGGCCUACAAUGGAAUGACCAAGGGGAGAGGCUCUCCGAGUUCAUCAUGACGACUAGGACCAUCCAUGGGAAUUCGCAACUCCAGAAGCCCUCCUCUCUACGUUGGACGUGGGAGUCACCGGGUGGAGGGUUCCGUAAUGAAAUAGACCACAUCAUCGUCAGUAUAAGGCUUUUGGCCGGAUCGACGUGCGAGUUUCGAAGAUUUUAUGAGUCAUUCCUGGCACAGCAGAAAGAGGAAGUCCGUCCUCUGAAUCCACCUGUGUCUCAGGGCACGCACAAGGUCGCUUUUGGUCCGCGAGUACUUCACUAUCCGCCACCUGGGGACGCAUAG